UGAUACCUCCGUUGACCGUUUUCUGGUUAUUCUUUUUAACGGUGAGCACUGAGCUGAGCUGAGCAGAGCCUUCCAUGGUUUGAUCCCCACUCUCUAACAACACCAUCGAAGCAUGUCGAAGUUCAACUCCUUGAUUUUGGUUUUGAUUCUCUUCGUAUUUCCGCUUGCUCUAUCGGAACAAGAAGCAAUUAAAGCAAUAAUCCAUCGUUUGGAUUCCAAAACUUCAUCUCCUUCGAUUCAGGAAGCUGCGGCGAAGGGUCUUCUCCGGCGAUUGCUUCCGACUCAUGUGGAUAGCUUCAAGUUUCAGAUUGUUUCUAGGGACGUUUGUGGUGGAGGAAGCUGCUUCUUGAUCAGUAAUUUCAAGCCCUCAAGCAGUAAUGGCGCAGAGAUAUUGAUUCGAGGCACCACCGCGGUUGAAAUUACGUCUGGUCUUUACUGGUACUUAAAAUAUUGGUGUGGUGCUCAUGUUUCCUGGGACAAGACUGGUGGAGUUCAAUUAGCUUCUAUUCCUAAACCAGGAUCUCUGCCUCUUUUAGAGGGUAACGGAGUUGUGGUUAAGCGGCCCGUGCCAUGGAACUAUUACCAAAAUGUUGUUACUUCAAGCUAUUCCUAUGUGUGGUGGGAUUGGGAAAGAUGGGAGAAAGAGAUAGACUGGAUGGCCCUCCAUGGAAUUAACCUUCCUUUGGCAUUCACUGGGCAAGAAUCAAUUUGGAGAAGUGUUUUCAGGGAUUUUAACCUCACUGUCAAAGAUUUGGACAAUUUCUUUGGUGGACCUGCUUUCCUUGCCUGGGCUCGCAUGGGAAAUCUACAUGGGUGGGGUGGGCCUUUAUCACAAAGUUGGUUGGAUCAACAAUUAGCUUUACAGAAACAUAUACUUUCCAGAAUGCGAGAGUUGGGGAUGACUCCAGUUCUACCAUCAUUCUCUGGAAAUGUUCCAGCAGCUUUGGCAAAAAGAUUUCCCUCAGCAGACAUAACUAGAUUAGGAAAUUGGAAUUCAAUUAAUGCUGAUCCUAGUACAUGCUGUACAUACCUUCUUAAUCCUUCUGAUCCUCUGUUUGUCAAGAUUGGGGAGGCUUUUAUCAGACAACAAAUUAAAGAGUAUGGGGAUGUAACAGACAUUUACAACUGUGAUACAUUCAAUGAAAAUACUCCACCUACCAAUGACACUUCAUAUAUUUCAUCACUUGGAGCUUCUGUCUAUAAAGCCAUGGUGAAAGCUGAUAAGGAUGCUGUGUGGCUUAUGCAAGGAUGGCUCUUCUAUUCAGACUCUACUUUUUGGAAACCUGAACAAAUGAAAGCACUACUUCAUUCAGUCCCAUUUGGGAAAAUGAUUGUUCUUGAUCUUUUUGCGGACGUCAAGCCUAUUUGGAAAACAUCAUCUCAAUUUUAUGGCACACCCUAUGUAUGGUGUAUGUUGCAUAACUUUGGUGGAAAUAUAGAAAUGUAUGGUGUAUUGGAUGCAAUCUCUUCCGGUCCGGUCGAUGCCCUUGCAAGUGAAAACUCAACAAUGGUUGGCGUUGGCAUGUGCAUGGAAGGAAUAGAGCAUAAUUCGGUCGUUUAUGAAUUGAUGUCUGAAAUGGCAUUUCGCAGCAAAAAAGUUGAAGUCCAGGAUUGGUUGAAGACCUACUCCCGUUGUCGUUAUGGCAAAGCAGAUCGUUACGUCGAGGCAGCUUGGAACGUUCUUUAUCAUACAAUUUACAAUUGCACUGAUGGCAUUGCGGACCAUAACAAUGAUUUCAUAGUCAAACUUCCAGAUUGGGAUCCAUCUUCAAGCUUUGAUCAGAAAAUGCCACAUCUAUGGUAUUCCACUCAGGAGGUUAUCAAUGCCUUGCAGCUACUCCUUAAAGCCGGUGAUAAUCUCCGCAACAGCGCUACAUAUAGAUAUGACUUGGUUGACUUAACGCGGCAAGUGCUAGGGAAGCUGGCAAAUGAAGAAUAUUUGAAAGCUAUAUCUUCUUUUCAGCGCAAGAAUGUGGCGGCUCUGAAUCAUCACAGCAAGAGAUUUGUUCAAUUAAUAAGAGAUAUUGACAGAUUGCUUGCUUCUGAUUCAAAUUUUCUGCUUGGAACAUGGCUUGAAAGUGCAAAGAAGCUUGCCACAAAUCCAUCUGAGAUGAAGCAGUAUGAAUGGAAUGCAAGAACUCAAGUGACUAUGUGGUAUGAUAACACUGAGGUCAAUCAGAGCAAGCUUCAUGAUUAUGCAAAUAAGUACUGGAGUGGGCUUGUUGAAGGCUACUAUCUUCCAAGAGCUCUGACAUACUUUUAUUACGUAUCAAAAAGCCUGAGAAAAAACGAGAGCUUCCAUUUGGAAGAGUGGAGAAGAGAAUGGAUUCUGUUCUCAAACAAAUGGCAAGCUGCUUCAGAAACAUACCCAGUUAAAGCUGAAGGGAAUUCAAUUGCUAUUUCUAGAGCCUUCUAUGAAAAGUACUUUGGUUGAGACAAUUUCUCUAUGUUCUUCCAGAACAAACAUGGUAUGACCAUUUCAGUUCUUUGUCUUUUCCUUCUUCCGAUGUUAAAAGGUUUUUCUUGGUCUCUGUCAGUUGUUUCUGUGUUGCAAUGAGAUCCCUUAUGAACUCUAAAUGUUCUGUCUCUGUGCCAAAGAAUUUCUUUGCUUUAUUGGA